GUGCGCGUGUGCGUCAGUCUCAUUCCCUCCCUGUCAACCAUGUCCCUAUAUCUCCUGGCAUUCCAGUUGAAUUCUCUGGUGUGUCUUCACCUCCUCUGCCUGCUGCUCGUCUCCUCCUCCUCAAGACUACCCAAAAAUGUUACAGUUCCAGCCAAACCCCUGACGCAGCUCAACACAACACAAGAAAACUGCUCCACUGCAUGUGACAAUGGAGGUGUUAGGAAAAAUGGAGCUGCUCAGGAGACCAGUGAUGUACAAACCAUCCCACUACUGAAGAAUUUGACCUCUAUCUCAGAGCCAGAAAGGGACCAGUCCCCACCUUCAUCCAACACUCAUACCUCUUUCGGACAAAAAUCGAAAAACACUUCAGCCUUCGUAAUUUUACCCAACCAAUCGACAGCUGGAAACAAUUUGUCCACAACCUCACCAUUCAAUCAGCAGCCUGUAUUACCAGACCACCAGCUUCCAUUACCAGAGGUGGACACUCAGCCUGUAGCCCUUCCUCCCACAGGCUCUCUCUCACAGGCUGCUCAGUCUGGAUCCAUUACAACCACUGGUAGUGCACAGCCUGAGAGGAAUGUAAACACAGCCAUUGUACUUGUGACUUCUACCGACAUAACAAUGCCUACGUCUACCACGGCAGCAUCUACAACACCAACAGCAAGACAGUCUGCAACAACAACAACAAAGUCUGCGACAACCACACAUAAAAGUCAGAGUGCAACUAUUAUUACAACAACCGCCUGUACAAAAAUGACACCUCCAACAUCACCGGCACCCGUUCCAAAACCAAAUACUGGAAUGCCCCCAAUUAACACCAUAACUGCUAACAGUGAUAUUACUCCUGCCAAUCACAAUAAUCCUGAUACCUCGGAAACAAGUGUUGCUGUUGCAGAAGUAGGAGGGGCUGCUCUGACCAGGCAGCUGGUGGAUAAAGCGUCUUUGUUUGCUGUCUUGCUCUUUGGCCUGCUCUUUUUCUUAGUCUCGGUGGCUGUGUUCAUCAUGCAGGCUUACGAGAGCUACAGGAGGAAGGACUACACCCAGGUGGAUUACCUGAUAAAUGGCAUGUACUCAGACUCUGGGGUAUGAGGGUGGAAGAAGCUAAGCACAGCUUGUGGAGGGUGUUUGUUUUUGCACCUGGAGUCAAACAUUUCAGACAGGCUGGUAACAUUAGUUUUGUGAAUUCACAUGGCGAUUCAGUUGUCUGGACCAAAAUCAACUAGCUAACUGAGUUUAAAGCAGCAUUUACUGAUUUGUUCAUCACAAAAUACUUAGUUUUUUAAACUUUCAGAUAGCAGUUACAUGACAGCUUUUACAGAUAAUGCAGCUUAAUUGUGACUUUCUUCUCUGUAUUAAUGUUUUAAAUAUCCAAGUUAUAAGUGGUUUAUAUGAGCUAGAGAAAUGAAUGAAUUGUUAACAGCCUCUCUAAAUGAAGCUACUUUGACCUUUGAAUAGAUAGAAAGUUGGCGAAAUUGCACAAACAAGAUUCAAAUUGUACUAUUUUUAUUAGAGUUGAAUUAUCCUUCAAAUGCAUGAAAUACCAGUCCAGUGAGUAGCAGAAUUGUUCUAUGAAGGAGAUCAGACCUGACAUGGCCUGGUGUGUUAAAGCCUGAUGCUUGUGUUUCAGCCCAGAAGUUUAUACAGUGGGGCAUCUGGUUUAGUCAGUUGACCAUAAAGAGAGAGUGAGACCACCAUGUCAUGUUAGUCAAAUCAUCGAGUUAACAAUGUUGUUAUCGCCUUUCAGUGAGUAAUUGUUGGCUUGGUGUUUUUCCGCUGUGUGCAUGAGCAACUGGAGCUUUGUUAGCUCACUGGGUUUAAGUCUGUAGCUGCUUGGUGAUGAUGUUAAAGAGGAAAGUCACAAACAAAAAAGUCACCUAUUUUUAUAAAUUAAACUUUCCUUUUACAAACUUCAUUAAUGGUUUCAAAAUAGUUCACAUCAGGCAGAGCAGCAGUGAUGUCUAGUAUCUGGCCAUUACAAAACCCGAAGUACAGUAAAUUCCUCAGUAGUUCUCAGCAACUCCAGUACUUACAAUUUCAAAAGGCGUUUAAUUAAAAGUAUUGUUCACCCAGAAAUAAAAAUUCACAUCUACUCACCCCUAUGCCUAUGGGGUUAACUCGAUGUUAAUGACCACCCGAGCAGUAUGGAGGCAUGUUGUGCUUUUUCUGUUUUAUUACAUCUGGAGAAGGACUCACCAUUGACUUCAGUUGUAUUGGAUUCUGCUCUAACAAAGUUUACCCCUGAGCAUCCAGAAGGGGUUUGUGGACUCAAACACUUCACCCACCCCUCCAUUGGCAUAGCGGUCAGUAGAUAAUGAGUGCAUUUUUAUUUUUGGAUGAACUAUCCUCUUAAGUUAGUUAGUUUUAUUGAGACACAUUUUUCAAAACCAGGCUCCAGCACUAUGAAGGUAGGAUUUUGAGAAGCAACAUUGUGUUACCUGGCUGUUGUUGGACAGAAAUAACUCCAGUGUUAACAGCUACAUGUAUUUGAAACUUGUCCAACUGUGGUUAAUAGAAGAAGAAGACUUUUUACCAAACACUGUACUGUUUCUUAAAAUGCUUGUGAUUUAAUUUGAAUUACAUUUAAGUCCAACAGCUUUCAUUAAUGGAAUGACAUUUCAGUCAUUUGCAAAUGUUUUCUUUGCACUGAAUCACGGGAACAGGACCAUACCAGAGAGUUGAUUUCAAUAGUGUUCCUUGCAAAAAUCAUGCAUUAUUAUCUGCAUCUUUGUCAUCUUUAUCUUGGUUUUUCAAACCUGUAUCGAUUGUUUUAGCAAAGGUAAGGUGCUCAUUAACAUGGAUUUUAACAAUUUGAGAAGAUUUGAGGGAAAUAAACCAUUUGUUUGCAUAGAGGAAAUCUUACAUAUUUACUUAAAAAUCAUGGAAAAUGGAAGCGAAAACAAAAGUAUUGUGUUAAUGUUAUUGUUUAGUGUAUGUUUUGUGUAUUAAUCUGGUUAAGUUGUUGAUUUUCAGAUUGCUUCUAUAGCUUUAUGGUGACCUUAUUACAUUUUCUCAUAUUUUUUUUAAAGAUGUUUAUAUAUCACUGAUCAACAUGAAUAGGAAGCCAUUCACCCAUCUACCUUUUAACAUAUUCCUUGGGACAAGAGGUUUCCUCACAAUGAUGACUUUCAUAUAAGUUUUAAAGAUAUAGAUUUCUGUUAAAACAAUUUGAAGAUAUGAGUUAAUUCUUCAAUUCAUAACCAUAAAAUUCUCCACUCUGUUACAUAUUUCAUAUGUAAUGGGAAUGAUCCCCCUGCUGUCAAGGUGCAUGAAUACUACUUAAAGACACUGUGGCUUGCCCGGCCACGGCCUACAGAGAACCUAUAAAUCACCUGUGUUGUCGUGGAAACAGUUGAUUGUUUGAUCUCCACCUGUGUCAGGGGGCAGUGUGCAAUUUCAGAAAAGCGUGUGUGCACGCGUGCGUGUGUGUGAAGGCAUGUGCUUUACAGCAUUGUGUCCACUUGCCUAUCGUUAAGUUCGGCGUCUGUCUCCAGGUAGCCUCUCUUGAUUGCUGGUUCCCUUUUCGUUCCAUGCCGAUGAAGGACUGGGUUAAGUGUUUCAGUCCACAAGAGACUAUGAUAAACAUAUUCUCUGUAUGUGUUGAACAUAUUAUAGUUAUGAACAUGAUAUGAUAUUAUGAUUAUGGACAGAUUUCUUAAUCUGUCAUUAACCGCAAUAAUUUUUCAGUGUUUUAACCAGAAAAACAUUGGUGACUUCACAGAAGUCUGUUUCUAAGCUGCAUAAUCAAAUGCCUUUAUUACUUUACCAAAUAUUUUCUGAUGCACAUUACUGUAUGACAAAGCCAAGUGAAACAUAAAGCCAUUGUCAGAUUGUAUCUGACUGAAAGGAAGAUGCAUUAAUUGAUCUAAAAACUCACGCAGCAGAUGUCCUUAAAUUAAGUUUUUUUAAAUGUAUUUCUGUAAUAUACAUUGUAAUAAAAAUUGUA